AAAAAAUAACAAUAAAUCUCAGAAGAGACGUCUCUUGUGAUUCCUCUUCCUCCCUCUUCACCUUCUCCAGAACUUCAUCCCACUUCUCCCUCUACAAACCUUCCUCUAGAUUCCACCACGCUCUUGCUCGAGAGGCUUCGGCUCCGACAUUUGAAAGAGUCAGCGGCGAAACCGCAGCAGAGGCCGAGCAAAAGGUCUGUUCCUACUGAUUUCAUUGUGAUCGUGUUAAAAUAAUCAGCCGCCGCCGUCCUUGGUCUCCAAAGCUAGAACCGCCUUCAAUUCCGCGGCUGCUAAAGCGAGCGCGUCUUCACUGAUCUCAAAUCCGAUCCAGAGGAGGAGCAGCAGCAAUCAACUAGGAAAGCAAAGCAAAGAAAGAUGGCGACUUCGCGGUUACAGAUGGAAGGAGAUGACUCUGUACUUCUCCACGUAACUCACUCCAACCUCAAGAGCUUCGCUGCCGAUGUUCGUUUCUCUCCGCAAAUGAAUGUGGAAGCUGUGAAGGAAAAGCUAUGGAAGAAAUGCGGGACAUCUGUUAACGCUAUGGCUUUAGAGCUUUAUGAUGAGAGUGGCUCCAAGGUUGCAGUCCUCAGUGAUGAUACGAGACCACUCGGUUUCUACUCCCCUUUUGAUGGGUUUCGGUUACACAUAGUAGAUCUUGACCCUUCCUCGGUCACAACUGGAGGGUGGCUUGAAGAUACUUCAUUGGUUGAGAAGUAUACUAUCUCAGAAGAGGACUAUGCUAAACGAACUGACAGUUAUAGGAAAUUCAAAGAAAAAAUAGUGGCUCAGAAGCCUGCUGCUUCUGACGUUAAGACGAAGGAGGACUUCAUGGAAGAUCUCUGUGCAAAUAUCAAGGUGGGAGAUAGAUGCCAAGUUGUGCCCGGGGAGAAAAGAGGAGUGGUUAAGUACGUUGGACGAGCAGAGUCGUUGGGUCCUGGCUAUUGGGUUGGGAUCCAGUACGAUGAACCCCUUGGCAAACACGAUGGCAUGGUGAAAGGAACAAGAUUAUUUGAAUGCCCUCAGCUUCAUGGUGGUGUGGUCCGGCCAGACAAAGUAAAGGUUGGUGAUUAUCCAGAAAGAGACCCAUUCGAGGAUGAUGAAAUAUAAGCUUUUCAAACCAGCGAAAGGAGUUUGAAAGAUUUGCUUUGUAUUUGCUUUUUGUACCUCUUGUUUCGGUUUUCAAAAGAGUUUGUGAAACACUCAAUGCAACAACACUUGAAAAGUAUUUUAACUUUGA